AUUUAGAUAUAACAAAUAUAUACUAAGAAAUACUUUCAAAAUGGAAUGCGAGCACUACAAAAACAACUGUGUUUUAAUUUGUCCAAAUAUGAAGUGUAGAAAGUGGUUUCCUUGCAAUAAAUGUCACGAUGCAUGGGUAGACGACCAUCAAAUGGACAGAUAUAUUGUACAGAGACUGAAAUGCAAUAUCUGUUUCACGCAGCAAUUUGUUUCGACCAAAUGCAUUUCUUGUGGCAUUGUGUUUGGAAAAUAUUACUGCGAUAUUUGUCACGUCUAUGACGACAGAAAUCUAGAUUAUUUUCAUUGCUAUGAUUGCGGAUUCUGCAGGACUGGAGGACAACGAAACCAUAAACAUUGCGAUAAAUGCAACACAUGUGUUCCACUGGCACUUGUUAGAACACACAACUGCGUGGAAAACUCGGCAAACUCAAGUUGUCCAAUCUGUAUGAACGACAUCACACCUACCUAUGAAGCAUUUUUAACCAUGGCAUGCGGACAUUCAAUGCACACAAACUGUUACGAAGAAUUACUUCAGAAGGCGAGCAGGCCGUCAUGCCCAACUUGCAGAAAACAAAUUUAGUACUUUUGGAGAAACAAAAUGACUUCAUUUGUAACUAUCCGAAGUUCAAACAGAAUGGAAACUCUUGCUUGUACUUGUUCUCAGGUCUUACGCCACACGUCAGUUUAAUGAAGCGAAGUGGAUAUGAUGUUCUCACUUUGGUACGCCGUAGUGUGUGUAUCAGGUUAGGGGUAGACCAUAAUUUUAUUCCGCUUUUCCCUAUUUAGUUCUAUUACAAUUUUGGAAUCAGUCUGAAAAAUCAAGUGAACA